UUAUCGAGGAAAUUAUUAAAAUAAUAAAAUUCCUUUAUUCGUAUAAAUUGAUUACAUAAAUAGGCGACGAAAAGGCCAGUGAGUGCAGAGGAGUUUAGCUUCGUCUGAUGUGUGUUUCCCGCCAUGAAAGAAGCCAUGGAAAUCGAUUCGGAGAAAGCUUUCCAGAGAAAACAAUCAUCUUAUAACUCUUCGGAUGAGAAGUUUGAGAUUCGGAAAGAGACGUACAGGGGUCAACAGUAUAGUCAGAUUUACUUUGCCCGUCUUCACAUGUUGAGGACUAUUCUCUAUUCCCUUGCUCCUAAUUGGAAACCUCAUUUACCAGUACGUACUGUUUUGGAAUUAGAAGAGGGGAAGGAAUGCAUAGUUGUUGGAACCUUGUACAAGCACAUGAAACUCAAACCUUCAAUUCUUGAGGAGUACUCUAAGGAGAGAACUGUUGCCCCACUUGUCAAGGUACAUAAUUUUAUGCACACGGAUGAUUACCUUGUCUUAGAAGAUGAAAGUGGAAGAGUUAAGCUUAGUGGCCAUGCUCUUUCGCCUCCUGUUUAUGUUACAGGGGUGGUUGUUGCUUUGCAUGGAAAAGCAGGACCUGGUGAUUUCGUUGUUGAAGAUGUUUUGGAAGUUGGCCUACCUCCACAAAUUGAGAAAUCACUUAAAUCAAAAGAAGACAAAUAUGUUGUUUUUGUAUCUGGGUUGCGAGUUGGAAGUGGCAAUUCUAACCCUCUCCAGUUUCAGCUUCUUGUUGAUCACAUUACUGGACAUCUAGGAGAUGAAGAGGAACAAGGUAUUGCAGCACAAAUAGUUCAAGUUGUAAUUGCUGGAAAUUCAUUUGAAAUUCCUCGAGAACUUCUUAAUGGACAGACUUUGGCUUCAAAAGAUCAAUCAAGGUUAUGUGAGCCUAUCAAAGAGCUGGAUAUCUUGUUGACCCAGAUUGCUGCAGGUUUGCCUUUGGAUAUCAUGCCAGGUCUUAAUGACCCUGCUAACUUUUCCUUGCCACAACAGCCCUUGAACAGAUGUCUUUUCCCAGGAUCAUCAACGUACAACACAUUUAGAUCUUGUCCAAAUCCUCACUGUUUUGACCUCGACAAUAUCAGAUUCCUUGGAACAUCAGGUCAGAAUAUUGAUGAUCUUGAGAAGUAUUCAGAAGCAAAGGAUAAACUUGAGUUUAUGGAAAGGACAUUGAAGUGGAGGCAUCUAGCACCUACAGCACCUAAUACUCUUGGGUGUUAUCCUUUCACUGAUAUGGACCCCUUUCUGAUUGAGAGCUGUCCUCAUGUUUACUUUGUUGGUAAUCAGGACAAGUAUGACAGUCGCCUAAUAACAGGGUCUGAAGGCCAGAUGGUAAGACUCAUUUCCAUUCCCAAAUUCUGUGAGACAGGAGUUGCUGUAGUGCUAAACAUGAGAAACCUCGAAUCCUAUGCUCUCUCUCUUGGGACUCAAUUAAUCUCAUGAUACCAUACCAAACUACUAUGGCUCAGAAGUAGACAAAGUUUCAAAGUUAGAUAAGGCACGGGUGAUUGGAUGGAAUGAAUCUAUGGAGCCUACCAGCUUUCCAUCUGAAUCUGUUAUUUACAAUACACGCUAUUAAGAGGAGGCUUAUGAUGUUUUCUUUUCUUAGUUUUCUUAGUUUUUGACUGCUAAGGUACUACAUUGACAUAUUUUCUGUUCUUAAUGUAGUUUUUUAUUUAUUCUGCUUGUCAAACUAUGUUUCAUUGUGAUUGUAUACUCGCGAGUCUUCAGUGGUUCAAUAUCUCUUGCCUAAA